AUGGCUGUCAAGGAAACUGCCGCCGUCACGACCACGGUCGUUGGUACGCCCGACAACGGCGACAACGACAAUGUCGACACCAGCCUUUCCCCCCGCCUCAGCCUCGAACAACAAAACGAAAAAGAAGUCGUCACCAACCCUGACGCCAUCACAGCCUCGGCCCAGCGCGGCGUGCAAAAGGCCGAAGCCGCGGCGCUCGUGUGGUCCAAGACGACGGCCUAUGCGGUCUACGUCUGGGUGUGGCUGCUCUUCUUCGUCGUGGCCCUGCAGGCGUCCAUCAGCAGCAACAUUGUCUACUACGCCUACGCCGACUUUGCGUCCGCGCCGCAGAUCGCCCAGGCCUACAUUCUGAGCGCCGUCGUGUCAGGCGUACUGCAGCUGCCCAUCGCCAAGACCCUGAAUCUCUGGGGCCGCGCCGAGGGCUUCCUGGUGUGCGUCGGCACCUACACGCUCGGCCUGGUGCUGAUGGCCGUCUGCACGGGCCCGGCCAGCUACGCCGCCGGCUACACCAUCUACCAGGUGGGCUACACGGCGACGAGCUUUGUGCUGGGCGUGUUUGUGGCCGACACUGUCGGCCUCCAGAACCGUGCGUUUGCGUACUCGCUGACGGGGGCGCCGACGCUGUGCACGGCCUUUGUCGGCCCCCUGGCGGCCAACGCGUUUGUCACAUCGUCCGCCACCAACUGGCGCUGGGCGUACGGCAGCUUUGCCGUCGUCGUGCCGGCGACGUGUGCGCCGCUGGCGGUGGUGCUCAAGGUGUUUCAGCGGCGGGCCGAGGCGCGAGGCCUGUUUUCCCGGCGCGCAGCCUCGGGGCGCACGGUGUGGGCCUCCAUCGUCCACUACCUCGUGGCCUUUGACCUCGUCGGCGCGGCGCUGCUGAUGGCGGCCUUUGUGCUUGUCCUGCUGCCGUUCAGCCUGCGGUCCAACGGCCUGACGACGCAGUACCGCUCGCCCACGUUCAUUGCGAUGCUGGCGGUCGGCCUCUUGUUGUUUCCGGCCUUUGCCGCGUGGGAGCGGUUCGGUCUGCCGCGCAGGACGGGCACGCCCUUUGUGCAGUGGGACCUCUUGCGCAGCCGCACCGUGCAGGGCGCCUGCGUCGUGGCGGCCGUCCUGUUCUUCAACUUUUUCACGUGGGACCAGUACUUUUACUACUACAUCCAGGUCGUCUACGACCUCGACGUGACCCGCACGGGCUACCUGGCACAGGCCAACGGCGUGGCCACGACCAUCUGGUCCGUCGUCUUUGGCGUCUGGAUCCGGCAAACGCGGCACUUUAAGCAUGCCUGCCUCUUCUUUGGGGCGCCCCUGGUGGUCCUGGGCGCCGGCCUGAUGGUGCACUUUCGCGGGUCCGAGGCGCCCCUCGGCUACCUCGUCAUGUGCCAAAUUUUUUUGGCCGUCGGCACCGGCACGCUGAUCCUGGGCGACGACAUGGCCGUCAUGGCCGCCGCCGACCGCGAAGGCGUGCCCAUUGUGCUGGCGCUGCUGGGCCUGUGCUCGAGCCUGGGCGGCGCGCUCGGGAAUGCCGUGGCCGCGGCCGUCUACCAGGGCACGUUCCCGCAGGCGCUGCAGCAGGCGCUGCCGGACAUGUCGCCGGACGACAUUCUCGGCCUCUUCUUGGGCGGCUCGACGGCGCAGCUGGCGUUCCCGGUGGGCUCGGCGACACGGACAGCCAUUGACGCCGCCUGGGCGACGAGCCAAAAGUACGAGUGCAUCACGGCGGCGGCGAUUGCGGUGCUCUUCUUUCCGGCGAUUGCCGCGUGGAAGGACUACAGCGUCGACCGGAAGCAAGUGAAGGGGACGGUCCUGCUACGCCUUGACACUGUCUGCCGGCCCCUUGGCGUCCUCCUCGUCCAUGCCUUGGCCGGUCACCUCGUGUGCUUCGAGCACGUGCUGCGGAAUGACCACGUCGUCCUCGCCGGUAAAGUACUGCGUCUCGGUAACGUGGAAGAGGGCAAGGUACAGAAACACAAAGACACCUGCCGUGUAAAAGGCAAACAGGACGGCGGCCAUGUUCAAGAACGAGACGCCGGCCGAGUCGAUGCCAAAGACGACGGCCUCGCCGGCGGCCAGGAAGCUGCGGUAGACGCCGGCGUAGUUGGCGGCCUUGCGCGGGCUGUUGGUCAUGCACGACAAGAAAUACAGGAUGAUGUACUGGAAGAGGACGGACGAGACCCAGGUCAGGGUAAACAGGAAGAAAUCCGAGACAAACCCGGCGUCGGUCCAGUCCACGAGCGCGUCCGCCGGCGUUGGGGUGCCGCGGUCGUAGUGGCGCACCUCGACCAUUUGCCAGAUCCAGGCGGCCACAAGGGGCGUGCCGACCAGACCCAGCCCGACCAGGGCCCGUGUGCGGCGCUUCCAGGCGGCGUGGUCCAGGACCAGGCGGAGGCCGUAGGCGGCGGGGAUCUGCAGGACGACGGCGACAAAGGACAGCAGCGUGCGGGUGCGCAGGUUGUUGCGGAACGCAUUGGCGGAGCCGCCGUAGACCAGGAAACACUCGGACGGCAGAAAGGCCGGGAUCAUCAGCAGCAAGUCCCAGUUCUUCAUGGCGUCCCAGCUGGCGCGGAGCUCCUCCACGACGGUGCGGCCCUGCCCACUUGUCCCCGCUGUGGUGGACGAAAUGGCCGUCGCCACCGACGUGCCGUCCUCCCGCGUGACGCGCGAGGGCGGCCGCAACAAAAAGGCAAGACACGCGCCCACGCCCAUAAACGACAGCACGAUAAUGUAGACGGCAAUGGGCACGCCGUCGGCGGACGCGCGGUUCCGGUUGAUCAUCAAGUCAAUGAAGCCGGCGACGGCCGCGCCCAGCGCCUGCAGGUUCUGCGAUAUGGUGAUGAAGGACCCGCGCUCGUCCUCUUCCGAGUACGUCAUGGCAAUGGUGCCCAUGACCACAAAGAUGAGGCCGGCCGAGAUGCCAAUGAGCACGCCGCCCACAAUGGGAAACCAGGUCUGGCCGGUCGCGUCAAAGUACCAGAGGCCGGCGACGUAGAACGCGUAGCCAAAGACGCCCAGCGCGGCCGUCCAGGACGGCCCGACCAGGUUGAGAACGGUGCCCGACAGCAGCGAUGCGACAAACCAGGUGGCACACAGCGUCGCGUUGACGACCUCGACCGUGUGGGCCGAGUUGGCGCGCAAGCCGCCGGCGCCGAGGGAGGUCAAGGACUGGUAGAGGCCGGCCGUGAGGCCGACGAUGACGCCCAUGAGGACGUUUUGCCAAAACGGGGAGUAGAGGCGGAGAGGUGGUAG